AUGUUAACAAUAAAUAAAUUAUUAUAUAAAAAAACGAUAAAAAAAAAUAAAAAUUAUAAAAAAAAUAAUUUUUUAUUAAAUAAAUGUCCUCAAAAAAAAGGUAUUGUAUUAAAAAUAUUAAUUAAAACUCCAAAAAAACCUAAUUCAGCUUUAAGAAAAGUAGCUAAAAUAAAAUUAUCAAAUAAUAAAGAAUUAUUAGCAUAUAUACCAGGUGAAGGUAAAUCUAUUCAAGAACAUAAUUUUGUAUUAAUAAAAGGAGGUAGAGUAAAAGAUUUACCUGGUAUAAAAUAUAAAAUAAUUAGAGGAUCUUUAGAUUCUAUAGGAGUAGUAAAUAGAAAAACAUCUAGAUCUAAAUAUGGAGUAAAAAAAAAAUAA